AUGCCUACACCUUUUGAAACUGUUUAUGAAACAAUCAGAUAUACAGACAUGGAAACUCCUUAUGAAACAAUUCCAAUGACUCCUUUUGUUACAUUUGAUGUUACUCCUUAUUCUACAUUAGAAUAUACUUCCAAAGAGACACCAAUAGCUACAAUACAUAUGUCUCCUUUUAAGACAUUUGUAGAGACACCUUAUGAUACGCUUUCUAUAACUCCUUUGUUGACACCUGUAGAAACAAUUCCAAUGACACCAAAGAAAUCUCCAAUUUCAACAUCUGAAUAUACUCCAUUUAUUACACCAGACAAAUCACCAAUACAAACACCAGCAAGAACAAUCAAAAUUGAGGAUGGUCAAUCAAUAGUUGAAACACGAAAUUCGGAUAAUGCUAAUUCUGAAUCAGCUGAAAAAUCAAGUCAAAAGAAAUAUACAUUUAUGUUUGUUGGAAUUGCUUGUUUCUUCUUGUUAGUUGUCAUUGGAAUUGUUUGUUUUGCUUUGUAUAUGAGACACAAGAACAAUGUUGAAUAUGAUUCAGAAACACCAGAAGUAGAACCACACGAAAUAGAUGAAUUCAAAUUAGUUAUGAUUCAGAAAUUUAAUAUUUAUUUGUUUUUUAUUUUGUUGAUUUAUGAAUUAAAAGUAGUAUAUGUUGAAGGGUUUUGUGACUUUUUUUGUAAACGUAAGAAUUCAUACAUUUUUGAGCGAUUUUGUAUCAUUUUUUUUUACAUAUGA